CCUUUUUGUCAGAAGCACUAUCCUGCAGACGAGGAGCGGUUUGAUAUUAACCUACAUCAUCACAUCCAGAAACAUCUCCAGAAGCCACCAUGAGGACCAGUCACAUCCUCCUGCUCUGCAUCCUGGGACACGCUCUAUUCGCCACGGUGUUCUGCAACAUUUCUCCAGAUGCUAGUGGUCCUGACGACUGCUGCUUCGAAUACUACCCGAGAAGUUUGAACAAAAUAUACAUCCGCGAGUAUUACAUGACCGACCACAGAUGCCCAAGGACUGCAGCCGUUCUGACCACGAUGAAUGGUGCUACCCUCUGUGUGGAUCCGAAGCUUCCCUGGGUUGUGAGGGUCAUGAAAAGUUUGGACCAAUAGAACUUUUAAAACUCCAUGCCCGCUCAUCCUUCUUUUAAAGUGCCUGCGCCAUCUGUUGCUUUAAAAUGCAAUGAGAUCAUGAUUUUGGUGUGAAUGUGUAAAUCUGUAAUGGUUGAAAAGCAUUUUACCCCCAAAUGGAUUCCUUUUGAUCCUGCAUUGAUAUAACCAACCUGUGUUUUUUUGCUAUUUCUUUGGUUGCUUUGUAUUACCCAUACCGUUUCACUGAAUAAAGAACAACGUAAGGAA